UCAAACAAUAUAAAUAUAAAUAUGGAAAUGGAGACUUCAUUGAAAAAUGAAUCAAAUGAUACAAUUUUAGUUACUGAAGAAGACGGAAUUCAGUAUUCAGAUUUUGAAAAUGUAGAAUACGAAGAAGUAGGUGAUGUUUAUACUAAAGAGAACUAUGAACAUUCAUCAUUCACCUUGAUGAAAAACUAUCAUCGCAAGAGGACAAGGAAUUUUUCACAAAAUGAAUGUAAUUUAAUAUGUGCCAUUUUGGAAGAGUACUAUGAAAUAAUUGAAAAUAAACGAAAUGAUCAUAAAACAAAUUUUUUAAAAAACAAAGCUUGGACUGAAAUUACCCAAAAGUUUAAUGAUAAUACAAAAGACGAGUAUAGAACUGCUCUACAGUUGAGAACAUUUUAUGAAAACUUGAAGAAAAAGAGAAAAAAAAUGUAUAAAGAAGCAGAGAGUGGUGAAAAUAUAGACGUUUCAGGAAAUCAAACUGAAAAAAUAAUACAAUCUGAUAUAUUGACUAAUCAAGCAAAGAUACUAUUAAGAGACAACCCACAUGUUUUUCAAGAAAGUUACAAAAAAACUAGUUUCAUAGAAGAAUAUCACAAAAAAAGGAUUCAAUUAGUAGAAACAGAAAUACAAAAAGUCAAAGACGCAUCUGAACAGCAACGUAGACUGUUCCUCUUACAAGAGGAAAAAUUAAUGUUAGAAAUUCAAGAAAUUAAACAAAGGUUACAAAAAUGACCGGUAAAACUUGUAUAAAAUAAAUAAUAUAAAAGAUA